GUAUCUAACUAUCAAUAGAUAUAAACCCAUCUUAACCCUUACCUCUUUAUUAACGUUAGAAACUAAUUUCUGCCCCGGCAUUAAACACUAAAAAACUUUUUUAACCAAGGAGCAUCGAUUAUAGACACAAAUGGGGCCUACCGCUGGAGAAAAUGGGCACGAUGAUCCAGGCCAUCCACGACGUCAUCUAAGCACAUUCAAUGCUCACCUGGUCGCCGCAUCAGGAGAGUUCGUUGGGACAUUCUUUUUCCUCUACUUUGGCUAUGCUGGAAACAUGAUGGCUGUUCUCCAAUCACCAUAUCCUGCUGUCAAUGGUGGGUUGGCAAGUACUACGGACAUUUGGAUCGCAAUAUCGUACGGAUUUUCUCUACUGGUCAACGUCUGGGCUUUCUACCGGAUCAGCGGAGGAUUAUUCAACCCAGCAGUCACGCUCGGUUUAUGCAUCGCAGGACAGCUCCCUUGGCUGCGCGCGGCGUUCCUUGUCCCUGCACAGCUACUCGGAUCCAUGUGCGCGGGUGGCCUUGUCGAUGCGAUGUUCCCAGGGUCAGUGGCGCAGGCCAACACAGUGCUCGGACCUUAUACUUCUAUUGCGAAAGGCGUGUUCUUGGAGAUGUUCUUCACAGCUCAGCUGAUUUUCGUUGUCUUGAUGCUGGCUGCUGAAAAGUCUCGAGAUACCUUCAUUGCGCCCAUCGGCAUUGGGCUCGCCUUAUUUGUAGUUCUGAUCCCUGUAUUCGUCACUGGUGGCUCUGCGAACCCCGUCCGCAGCUUUGGCUGCGCUGUUGCUGGUACGGACUUCCCCAGGUAUCAUUGGAUCUAUUGGGUUGGGCCAGCUCUCGGUGCUGCCUUGGCUGCUGGAUACUUUCGGCUGGUGAAGCGCAUGCACUAUGAAGAGGCAAACCCUGGGCAGGACGCUCCGGAUGACGUUUAG